AUGAUUCCUCUCACUCGGCUUUUCGCGAGAGCAUUUUUGUCACCGAAACGUAAAACGACGACGUUCCUUAGCUCCUCCUCCUCUUGUCAUUCAUCCUCGAUCGCCGAAGACGAAGAAGUGUCAUUCGAAAGUCUGAAACCAUCUCGAUCAUUUGAGAAAAGCUUGACAAAAGAACUAAAGGAUAGAUAUGAGAAAACUUUGAAGGAAUUCGAAAUUUUCGUUUAUAUGGGAAAGUAUGUACCGAAUAAAAUGAGUGAUGAUGCAUGGAAGCAGAGCUUGGGAUGUAAAUCAUUGAACGAUCGACUCAGUUAUUGGGAAUAUCUCGCAUUGACGGCAAGAAGAGAACAGCGAAAAACGAAAGUGAAUAGUUCGAAACAAGCGCGAUAUAAAGAGAUUCUCGAAGAACAACAAAAGCGUUACGAUGCGGGUGGAAUGGGAUACGGACCAGAAAUGUAUCAGCUCAUUGGAAAUCCGUUAAGAAAUCAGAAACGAGUAAAUAAUAUCGAAGGAUCGCGAGUUUUCUCAAGUAUGAAUGCCGGCGCGCCACGAAUUGCAUUGGAUUUACAAUAUAUGAGUGAGGUGAAUCGAAGAGAAAGCUCGGAACUUGGAAAUCAAAUGCAAUAUUGUAUCAGUGAGAAUUUCGCUUCCAAUUUUCCGUUGGUACUCGACUUUGUCAAUUCUCCAUCGCAGGAGUUUUUGGAACAGUGGCUGCAGAAAAGUGUCGGAUAUUACACUGGAAACUAUGUGAAUCAGACGAUUUUGCCAGAGUUUUCUACAAAGGGUAUCAAAGAUUUUUACGGAAACUCAGCGAAUACAAUCUACAUAUCGCCGAAUGCUCGUGAUGUUCUAGACGGGCCGCUCACUGCUGAUGUCAUCGGAAUAUGUGUGACAAUGGGAAGAAAACGAGAAGCCCUCAGUGCGGCUCGACGUUCGAAAAUUCGCGCAUACAGAUUACCGAUUCACCGAUAUGUGAAAUGGAAAUCAGGACCACAAUUCCUGCCAUUUCCGAAUCUGUUAAACGUACUCCGCGAGGUGUAUACAAGUGGUGGCGAUUGGAGCCGCGCAUUGCACAACAACAUCAGCAAACGGCAUUUAGUCGAUACGAACGAAGACGAGCAGAAGAAAAUGCAGUCGCUGAGAAGAAGAACGAGAGAGGAGGAGCGUAGAGAAUUGACCGAGGCAAUUAUAAGUGCCACGAAAGAUUAA